GCUUUUGAGUACCACAUACAUAUUCAUUAUAUAUCUAUCUAUCUAUAUAUAUAGCCGCUGCUGCAUCUCACUACCCCCACCCUCAUCCUCACUCUAUUCAAAAACAAAAACCAAUUGCACUUGGCCGCCUCAGUGAAAAUGGAGCAGACUUUCAUUAUGAUCAAGCCUGAUGGCGUCCAGAGAGGCCUGGUUGGUGAGAUUAUUAGCAGGUUUGAGAAGAAAGGUUUCACUUUGAAAGGUUUGAAACUUAUCACUGUGGAUCGUCCUUUUGCUGAGAAGCACUAUGCUGAUUUGUCUGCAAAGCCCUUCUUCAAUGGGCUUGUUGAGUACAUUAUCUCUGGACCUGUUGUUGCAAUGGUUUGGGAGGGCAAGAAUGUUGUAACUACUGGAAGAAAAAUCAUUGGAGCAACCAACCCCGCUGAGUCUGCUCCUGGAACCAUCCGUGGUGAUUAUGCCAUUGAUAUUGGCAGGAAUGUUAUUCAUGGCAGUGAUGCCGUCGAGAGCGGAAGAAAGGAGAUUGCUCUUUGGUUCCCAGAAGGAAUUGCUGAAUGGAGGAGCAGCCUUCACCCAUGGAUUUACGAGUGAACUUGAUUUAAGAAAUAUUAUUAUGUGUAUGGUCAUUGGCCAUGUUAUCUGUAGCCCCAUGUUAAAGAUUUCAACUUCAUAUUGAGGUUUUAUAACCUUAUCUUUCAGAGUGAAUUUAUGUUGCCAUGGUUUAAACCACUUGAUAUAUCUGAAACAUCUAUGCUAUUUAGUUUUCAAUUGUACUA